CGCUGCAUUCUUCCCCAAUUCUCUUCCGACAAGCGUCUUCUCUCUCAGCUCUUCUUCUCCACACGCACAUACACACAGGCGUGCGCAGUUAAAUUGUUGGUGCGAAUCGUUUCCAGCUCCAGAGUUUUCAAUCGAAUUUACAGAUCUAUACUGUUUCCAGAAGACCGAAGGCCUCAUCUAGAUAUAAAAUCGAUUACGGGGGUUUCGCUCGUUUUCAAUUUCAGCUACAGCAUAUUUGUAUUGUAGAAACAGAAAAAUAGAGGGAGAAGUUUAUCUAUUACUCCAAUUCUGCUUGUAUUUUUCUUACCCCUUGUAGCAAAUCUGGAAUUCAAUAAAAAAAAUUGAGGAAUACUGCUUUUAUUUUUAUUUACUUUUUCCAGUUGAUUGAUCGUUCGAUGACCUAAUUGCUGUUUAUGUGUUUUUAUUAGAGUUGAUUGUUAACUGUUAUUGAAAAUAAGAAAAGAAACAAAAGAAACAAAUAUAAAAGGAACAGGUUAACGGGUAGCCCAGGAUCAAGUGCUAUGGCUACUGCAACUCGUGUUGGAUUAUCGGAGCCCAUCUCGACUGGUGGCCCUUCAGAGUCUGAUGUUUCUAAGACUCGUGACUUAGAAAAGUUUCUUGUAGAUGCGGGAUUGUAUGAAAGUCGCGACGAAGCUAUCAAAAGAGAGGAAGUUCUUGGCAGAUUAGACCAGAUUGUGAAGACAUGGGUGAAGAAUGUUAGCCUAGUUAGAGGUUAUAAUGGAUCAGUAAUCCAAGAGGCGAAUGCAAAGAUUUUCACAUUUGGUUCUUACCGGCUUGGCGUACAUGGCCCUGGUGCUGAUAUUGAUACGUUGUGUGUCGGACCAAAAUAUGCCACUCGAAAUGAAGACUUCUUUGGUGAACUUCACAGAAUGCUAUCAGAGAUGCCUGAAGUACAAGAGCUGCAUUCUGUACCAGAUGCCCAUGUACCGGUGAUGAGGUUCAAGUUCAAUGGUGUCUCUAUAGAUCUACUUUAUGCAAAUGUGUCCCUGUGGAUUAUCCCUGAAGAUUUGGAUAUUUCUCAAGAAUCUAUUCUCCAAAAUGUGGAUGACCAGACUGUUCGAAGUCUCAAUGGUUGUAGAGUAACAGAUCAAAUCUUGCGUCUGGUCCCAAAUAUUCAGAAUUUCCGUACUACACUACGAUGUAUGAGGCUGUGGGCGAAGCAGCGUGGAGUUUAUUCAAAUGUUACUGGUUUCCUUGGUGGUAUCAAUUGGGCAUUGCUUGUUGCCCGUAUCUGCCAGCUAUACCCAAAUGCUCUGCCGAGCAUGUUGGUAUCCCGCUUUUUUAGGGUAUACAAUUUGUGGCGGUGGCCAAAUCCUGUAAUGUUGUGUCCAAUUCAAGAAGGAUCUUUAGGACUUUCAUUCUGGGAUCCUAGAAGAAAUUACAAGGACAGAUCACAUGUGAUGCCCAUAAUAACUCCUGCAUAUCCCUGCAUGAACUCCAGCUACAAUGUCUCAACAAGUACAUUGCAAGUCAUGAUGGAAGAAUUUCAUAGGGGAAAUGAGAUAUGUGAGGAAAUAGAAUCAAACAAGCUUAGCUGGGAGACUCUCUUUGAUUCUUUCUUGUUCUUUGAAGCGUACACAAAUUAUCUGCAGAUAGACAUAUCAGCAGAGACUGAUGAAGACUUGAUGAGUUGGAAAGGUUGGGUUGAGUCCAGGAAACGUUUGCUUACAUUGAAGAUUGAAAGGGACACUAAUGGGGUCCUUCAGUGCCAUCCACACCCUGGUGAAAUUUCUGAUAAAUCAAAGCCAUUUCACCAUAGUUAUUUCAUGGGGUUGCGGAGGAAGCAAGGUGCUAAUCCUCAAGAAGCUCAGCCAUUUGAUAUAAGGAUGACAGUCGAGGAGUUUAAGUGCGAUGUAUAUGCAUACUCAUUCUGGAAGCCGGCAAUGUUAAUCCAUGUGUGCCAUGUUAAACGGAAGGACCUACCUAUCUUUGUCUUCCCCAGUGGAGUCCGGCCUUCUCCCCUUAAAAAAAGAUCCGAGAGUCGGACAAUUCUGAAAUUACUUGCAUCUUGCCCUGUCCAAACUGAUGCUGCUGUCAGCAGGAAGAGGAGGAAACUAGAUGAACCCCCCAAGAGAGGAACUAGCUUAACAGAGUCUUCAAGCAACGGUGCAUGUACCAGUGAUGCAACUUCAUUUGAUCAAAUGAUUUUAAAGAAACAAAUCGAAACCGAUUUUAGUACCCCAAAAAGUGAACAGGGAGUUGCUGGGAACAUCUCUCCACUUGCCCAGGGAAUUCCUGGACUUGAUCAAAGCGAGCGCACUGCUGAACCUUCAGCUUCUGCUGGUGCUUUCCCUACUCCAAUGGCAAUGGAGAAACAUGUUGUUAUUGAGCAGUCUUCUGCACAGAUUCCUCCCAUUCACCAGAAUUCUUCUGAAGCAUUUGAUGGGCUCGAAGGUUUGUUGAAGAGUGAAACCGAGAACAAUGCGGAGGCAGAACGAGUUACACAACCAGAGUUGUUCCCAGACAAGCAAUGUGUAAAAGUAGCAAUGGCAGGGAAUGGCACCACCUCCAUUAUUCAAUUUCAAGCCAAGGCCGACUUAGAGGAGCUAGAGCCGCUGGAACUGGAUGUAUCAACUGCAAUUGCGUCUGCAGCAGCAAAAGUGCCAGCUCAGAAGCCGCUUAUCAGGUUCUGUUUCACCUCGUUGCCUAAGGCAACUGGUAACAGUGCAUGAGUCUGUGCAAUCAUGAAACGACCUCUUGAGGGCGAGGAAGGGAAUGGUACGACGGAGGUCUUGUAAAAUAUUGAAAACUCGUCCUUUUUUUUCGAGCUCACGAAUAGCGGAAUGUUGUAAAUUAUACAGUUUCAGCAGUGUUGCGGAUUAUGUCACCUUUAUAAAUAAAGAGAUGUACAAUUUGAAAA